GUACAUCAUGGCAAGGCCCCUUCUUGAGGGCUCAAUCCUCACACUUUGGGAGGUGGGAUCCUUGCGAUGUCGUUUUUUAAUUUUUUUAUAACUAGCUAUAUUCUUCUCUCAAAUCUUUCAUGCGAUUCUUGCAAAGUGAAUAAAACAAAGAAUUAUCUUUUUUUGACAGGUGCGAUUCUUGCGAAAAUGAAUAAAACAAGGGGACCAGCCGCGGCUGCGCCUGCGGCGGAGUCGGAAGAGUGAGGAAGAAGCCAAAAGGUAUGCUUUUUUUGGCAUUUCUCAACAGGCUUGAAGAUAACGAUCAAUGGGGCUGAAGAUAACGAUCAACGGGUUUGGAGCUGAUCGAUGAUCGCCUGAUGUGAGGGCUCAACUCGACGCUCCCAGACAUAGCUGCGGCGGUGAAGGAAGACGAAAGGCAACAAAGGGGGCGGUGCUGAUCUGGGUGGAAGAUCGAGAGAGAAUGGGGAGAGGUAGGUGGUCUGGACGGCGGAUGAUGGGUGCUGGUAGGUGAUCGGGGUGCCACUUACGGAUGAUGUGCGUCCGUCUCGUCAGUUGAACUGUUGAUCCAAGCACCAAUCAAAAGCCACCCACUCACCAUUCUACCAAUCAAUCCAGGAGAGCAAGGGGCUACUUCAAGACAGCGAUAAUAAUUAGGCGAUUGCUUCUGUGAAGGACAGAAGAGACGAGACUGUUUUUUUUUUUUUUCCGUUUUUUUGGGCGGGGAUUUUGUUGUGUUGGGAGGGGGGGGUGUGGCAACAAUAUGGCGUUGAUGUAUUCUGGCUUGGAGCACCUGAAGAGUGCUGGUAGUAUUGGUGGUGGUGCGAGUGGCGGGGGAGUGGGAGGAGGAGGAGGAGGAGGAGGGGGCAAACAGCCCUCCGCAUGGGAUCUGCGACUGGCAUUUCUUGCUCGUGCAAGCGAGGAGAUGGCGUCGGUAUCCCAACCGGUCUCAUCGUUCUUGGCCGUCCGUCUUCGACACUUGGCAGAAGAUCGGGGCAUGGAAAUUCCUGCCUCCGUCAAAGAGAGGUCGUGCGACCGAUGCGAGUCGCUUCUGCUCCCCCAGCGGAAUUGCAAAGUGCGAAUUUUUAAUCCGCGCCUGAAGGUGCGCUGUCGACGGCGGCAAUCUCGGAAAAUCCCGAGUGCUAAAGAAGAAGACGCAAGAGACGGGAGGAGGAGUGGAGGAGGGGAAGGAGGAGGGGGGAAAGGAGGGGAAGUGGGGAGGGAGACAGGCGGCGGCGAUAACGACGGCGGCGACGGCGGCGGGAACUCUGCUCCCUCGGAUUCGAGAACGACAGCGGUGGAGAAUGAGAAAGGAGGCGGAGGUGUAGGAGGAGCAAUGGAGACGACAGAGGCCGGGGGCGGUAAUCUCCCGCGUAAUCACAUGGUGAAGCAGAGGUUGGUUCCUGCAGCCAUCAAGAAAGAGAACAAGAACAAGAGCAAGAAGAAGAAGACGACAAAGAAGGCGAAGAAGUGCAAUGACGUGGCAUACACGUGUCUCGUCUGCGGACACGCUGGAAGGAAGAAGGGCGAAGGCCGCGGAGGCGCAGUAGUGCGCCGCCGCUGCCGCCGCCCUCCUCCUCCUCUUCCCACUGCAUCACUCGCCGCCGGCGAUUCUGCACUUGCGGCCCCGGCGCCGACCGGGACCCCGACCCCGAUCCCAACGUCGCAGAUGACCGCGACGACGGAGAAGAACAAGAAGAGCAAGCGGCGAAGAGGGCGCAGCUUCGGAAGCCUCGGAGACUCGUUGUUAACUUCGAAGACGACGCCCAAAAGCCAUCAGCUUCUUCGGAGUCCUCUCUCCGCCGACAUGGACGGUUUGUUGCUGCUAUCGAGCGGGGGAGGGACAGCGAUGGCGGCGGCGGCUGCAUCGUCGCCCGGUACACCCCUAUUGAGAGCGCCUGAGGAGUGCAAGGGUGAGAGAACCCCCUCCUCCUCGCUUUCGGACUCGACAUCCCUCAAGAAGACGGAUGUACGGACAGGAUUUGCUUUGGCGGCAAAUGCUAACAAGUCCAAGAUCAAGCCGUCUAUCUGCUUGGGCAUGCAGUCGCCCUUGCCUCCCCUUAGGUUCGACCUAGCUUGUCAACUCAGUGCCCCUCCAGCUUCCUCCACGGACGCCAGAUCUGCAGCCCUCGCUUCUGUCGCUACAAGAAAUACAUCUUCAUCAGCUGCGCCUGCUGGUGCCACUUCAUUAUCAUCAGCUGCAACAGCAACGGCACCUUCUGUUGCUGCGCCUGCUGCUGCCAUGUCAUCAGCAGCUGCACCUACCGUUGCCACGUUAUCAGAAGCAGCCGCGCCUUCUCUAACCCCGUCUGUUGCGGUCUCUCGCGACGAGGCAUCACCUCCAGCUGUCGCCACGUCAUCACCAGCACUUGUCGUUUCCACUUCAUUCUUGGGCCGUGUUGCAACGUCAGCAUCAACGCCUCUUGAUGCCACGUCAGCGUCAGCGCCUCUUGGUGCCACGUCAACGUCAGCGCCUCUUGGUGCCACGUCAGCGGCGGUGCCUCUUGGUGCCAUGUCAGCGUCAGCAUGUAUCGCCACGUCAGCACAAUCGCUAGCACCUGCUGCCACGUCAGCAGUGGCCCCAGUCAAGAGCACGUCAGGACCACCACGUUCUGUGACCUUUGACGCACCGGUGUUGCAGUCGGGCUAUCUCGACAACAACGCGGGAGCUUUUCCGUUGGCCACGUCAGCCGCGCCUUCUGUUGCCACAUCAGCAACACCGUCGGGAGAUGUUGUCAAGUCUGAACUAGGUGGUGGCUCCGAGCAUCAGGCUCUUCUGGUAAUCCGUCGGGGAACGACGAUUGCCGCCAGGUUGGAUGAUGAUGAUGAUGAUGAUGAUGAUGAUGAUAGUAGGAUAGGUGAGACCGGAAUCGGGGUCGCGGCGGGGAUCGAAAAGCCGACGUGCAUCGAACGGAUGGAAACGACCGUCGGUGAUAUUGAGCGAGCCGAUGGUGUCACUGUCGUCGACGAGUCUGCUGACGAAGCUGAGCGCGAAGAGGGAGAAAGAAGAGGAGGAGGAAAGUCAGAGGGGAAAGAAGGGGGUGGAGGAAUGGCAGGCAGCAUGGAGCAGGAGGCGGAGGCGAGCAAAGUGGCGGGAAAGAUGUCGGUGAGAUUGAAUGACGACAACACGGAGGAUGCAGCCAAUGGGAGCGGUGGGAGUGUGGAGGGUAAGAGAGAGGAAGAGAUGCAGGCGGAGGAGGAGGGGGAGGGGGUGAGAGUGGGGGAUGUGCGCAGGAGAUUCAACAGCUGGGAAGGAGUGGAAGGGCGCUAUGGAGGCGAUCAGGAGGGGAAACAGCAGGGAGACGGAUCUGCAGCGAAGAAGACGGAGUUAGAUCAAAGAGUGUUCGGUGCUUCUCCCAUGGAUACAGAUACCAAUGAGGAAGGUGAUAGGGAUAACCCUUCCGUACGUGCUUGUCUGGAGAUUGACGAAGAUGGAAAUGGCGGGAAAGAUACUGCGCUUGAUGAUGGAGAUGAUCGUGCGGCGGUAGACGGUGCUGAUCAUCGUGCAAAGGACAGGAAGGAGGAGGAAGAGGCGCGUAGGGUGGAGAAGAGGGAGGGUUUUAGGAGUGCCAAUGGAACGGAUAAGCGUCGUGGACACGUGGCAAACGCGGAGGGUAAGGAGAGGGUAGAGGGGGACCAUCGUGAGGGUGAAUCCUUGAAGCAGGUAGAUAGGAAGACGCAGUGCGCAGCUAGGGAGCAGGAGGAGGAGGUUGGGGAGGAGGAGGGAGGGGAGAAGUGGGUGCAGGCAGAUCUGUUAGAACAAAUAGCCUCCCGGAGGAAGGAGGACGAAAAGGAGGAGGAGGAGGAGGAGAAGAAAGCACACGUGGCCUCUCCUCGACAAUACAUUGGGCGGGGAGGUCUUUUCGUGGAGAAGAUGGGGAAGAACCAGGCACACCAGGAAGAGGAAAAGGGGAAUGAUGAUCGUGCUGUGAGGAAGAAGGUGGAGACUGGUAGUUGCUCGCUAAUUGCGGUGAGGGUGAUUGAUGAGAGCAGCAGCCGCUGCCGCUACGAAGAUAGGAAGGCUAGUAUGGAUGGUAAUGCCAGAAGACGAACACCAUCAAUCGAAGAGCACCUGGAUCUGAGCCCUAGGCAUGGCAGCGAACAGGCAUGCGAAAGGGAAAGGAGAAAAGUGCGGGAGGAGGAGGUGGUGAGCAGUAAACGUGCGGUCGUAGACACGUGUCGGGCGCCGUCUGCACUCACUGGCUAUGGAGAGAAGGAGGUGGAGGCUCUGGGAAAGGACUUGAGCAAACUGGAAGACACAGCGAUCAUCAGAUAUGGAGAAUCGCAAGAGAGGGAGGACGAGGAGGUGGAGGCUGCUUCAAUAUCCUUCCUGCAGAUAUCAAGGUAAGGUUUUUGAUUCCUCUCUCUUUCUCUCUCUCUCUUUCUCUUUAUCUUUCUUUCUUUCUUUCUUUCUUUCUUUCUCUUUCGUUCUUGUUCUUUCUUUCUUGACAAAAAGACAAACAAACUGAGAAACGUAAU